AUGGAGCAUCCAACUCCAGCGCAGACACAAGCGAAUGUGUUUCCGGCUCCUUAUCCGGCUGCAUCGAAAACCACCUCUGGACUCGUCAACGGCCGUCUUACGAACAUCACCAGCAUGGCCUUCUCUGACAAGAUCGUCAUCACCAUCACUCAGGCUGGUAAAUUGGCUCACUGGGUACAUGUACCGCUGGCAACCAUCUCGGCUGAUCCCAUGAAUCCUGGGCAUGUCUCCAACGGAGCUUCGGAAAACAGCCUGCUGCCAAUGAGCCAUCUGACCGCGACAACCGUCCUCGGCGGCACGAAGCGCGACGACGAAGUCAUUGGCCAGACUCUGGCCACGACCAUUGGCAGUGCCAUUCUGAUGAAGCGUCAACAUGAGGAGCGGCUGCUUGUGGUGGGACUGGGCUUGGAGGAUGCGGCAGGAAGCAUGACCGGACGCGCACACUUCGAGGAAGCCGUGGGAUUGGUCUUGCAUGUUUUGUGA